AUUUGAUUUUCAGUUGAAUUUUGAGCACCGUUUGGGUCGAAGCCGCGUCGAGUUUCCCUUGUAAAUUCACUCUGCAAGCCGACUUGUGGUUUAGAAGUAUUUGCAAUCAAUACUAGUUUUUUAUAUUAUGUGAUGUUUUUAUUAUCGAAUUCGACGACUAUUCUUCGCCUUUUAGUUUCCAAGAGAACCUUUGUUUCUCUUACCUGACCGUGUGAACGCGUUGCAAAGCGUUGUCGCUGUGUUUCGUACGGAAUUAGUUCGCUGUGUUUUUCAUCGGCCGAUCAUAUUUCUUGAUCAGUGUCUGAAAGUUUAGUUCUUUAAUUCAUUAUUGUUGUCGGUUUAAGUUCUCAAGUUAUCUCUUUCUAAGAGUAGUGUUAGUUUUGAGGAUUUCUUCGCACCAGUGAUCAACAAUGUGGUUCUCCAUUACCUGCUUCACACUUCUGGCUGUGUCCAGCUUUAAAGACGCCCAUGGAUACCACGUGGAAACAAACACUCGGUAUAUCGAAGCGUUACCGAAAGAUACGAUAGUCUACAAAUGCAAAAUUCCAACGGGGCUGAUAUACUGUCGGAUGGAGAUCCCGGGUUUCCCGGAGGCGGUGCUGCUGGCGCCGGGGAAGCCGACGCCGGGCGCCCCGCGGGCCCAGUACGAGGGCGACGGCUUCGACAAGGGGCACUGCGGCCUCCGCCUCUCCGGCAUCGAGGAGAAGAACAACGGCCAGAUCAAGUGCACCCUCGGCGCCCAAGACUACACCGAAUCUAGUCAGAACAUGACUCUCACCGUCGCAAGAGCGCCAUCUCCUCCUGAAUUGAAGUUCCUAUCACCUAUAACGUCUGGAGAAAGCCUGAGGGAAGGCGAUGCUGUUAGUUUAAAAUGUACUGCAAGCAAAGGAAGACCCAUCGCCAAUUUGACGUGGUUCAUCGGAAAUGACACCAUCACGGAAGGCUUAAGUGCACCCACUAAAAUUAAGGAAGACUACGACUUUUACACGAUCUCACAAAAUCUGACGCGCACUCUGCAAGCUUCUGACAGUGGGAAAGAACUUAGGUGUGUCGCUGGUCACAUCGCACUCCUUCCACCAAACAACCAGAAGGCGCACACUCUCCGAGUUCAAUUCGCUCCAAAACCCUGGGAAAAGCCCCAUGAACAACUCGGACUGGUCGAAGGACAGGAAGGCAAAGUGGAAGUAUUAGUCCAAGGUAAUCCCAAGCCAACGUUCACUUGGAAAGUCGGAGAAGAGUCUUUCUACGAAGGAUACCCGGACCCAGAGAACAAAUAUGUAGUCAUGCGAAGUUACAACAAGGGAGGUGAUGUCUGGGCAUCAGUACUGAAAAUCAAUAACUUGUCGAAAGAAGAUAUCAAAAAGACGUAUUGGCUGAGAGCAUCCAACGUACAUGGAGAACGAGAUUAUGAAAUUUACAUUUCUACCAACACUGAGCCACGAUCUGCAGUUGGUGCUAAAACGAUUAUCUUCCUCUUCAUCGCAAUUAUAAUCUGCGCUGUUGUAGCGUUAGCUGUUUUUGCCCGAGCGAAAGGACUAUGGUGUUUCGCUGCACGUGACAAUGCGGCAGGUACAGGCAGCGAAGCGCAAUUCGAUCCCAAGGACCAAGUGAACAAUAAAGGCACCGACAACGUCAACCACCACGCCAGCACGGAACUCAUCAACGGAAACCAAGACAUUGUCAAGGAGAAGCUGAAGGAAGACACACCUGUUUAAGUUUUCACUGCCUUUGUUCGUCGAAGCCCCGCUUUGACGCUUAUCUCAAAUUAAUGUGAUUUGUAAACUGCGCUAUACCUGAUUCUCAAUAGUGGCUGUUUCUUAAAAUUGAUUUCCUGAUCCCUCCCUCAAAUAGUGGAACUGUCUGACCCUAGUUUACACUCGGUAGCUUUUAUCGAUAAUGCCCAGUUAUGUGAAAUUUUAAUGAAUGUUGACGUCGACCAUAAGGGUACAACUCAAAUUUUUCAUCACUCCAUUGAUUGUAUCUUCCGUUAGGCUGCAAAUCUCUAAGAUUUAUGUAAUCAAGGAAGGAUCAAUAUUUCUUAGUGUGAUGAACAAGACAGGUUUAUCUAUCCCAAGCGCAAUUUUGAAAAUAGAGAUGCCACGAGAGUCCAGAAUUCUUUUCUCUAAAAACUGCCUCUUAUUUUUACUUGAGGGACCAUGAAAGAAAUUUUAAAGAAACUGCUACCAAUGCAGCUGUAUUAGACUAGGAAGCCAAACAUUUUGUUCUCUCUAACAUCAAAUUUUUUCUUAUUGUACCAGAUUUCAUAGGGUUUUGAAGAGUUCUUUAUCCUGUUGAAUUUGAAAGGUUUUCAGAAAGCCAAUUCACCAAAAUCAAUUUUUUCCAUCUCCUGAUGGUACAGUUUUAGAGAGGAUAAAGACACCGUCAGUAAAAACAAAUGGCUAUUUUUUAGUUUCAUCAAUGUGUCCAUAGGACAAUAUUUUUAGAGUCAGGUCUUAGUGCCAGUAUAUUCUUGAAACAUGGAAACCUUUUAUCCUCCUCUCUGUUUAUUUUCUUUCAAAGAUUCAUCAUAAGAUAUGAUACUCUGACUGUGAAGGCGAUUACGCACUAAAUUUUUAAAUUUGUCAGACUGUUGUUCGUACCGAGCGCGGAAAUCACAUCAAUUCUUAGAGAAUUUUGAACAAAAUUUGGUCUUGUUUUUUCUUUACACGCCAGUUAAAAAAAUUGUAUAUUAACAUCUGUCUAUUUAUUCAUGUCUUUUUAUUUAAUCUUCGUUCGAGAUGGAAUCGGUAAUUCUUAUGUACAUUUUUUUAUUUUCCCUAAAAAGUAUCGCUCUGUUUGAAGCUUGCCUUGAAGUCUGUUUGCUUGUUAGUUUUGUAUUGAUUGAAAAAGUUGAUCUUGCUUCGAGACCAAGUUAAAAUCUUUGGUCCUGAUGCAAAAUCAAAAAAAGCUUCUUGCCUUGUGCAAUACGAGCGAUAGAAUGUUAAAAUGGUCCUAAAUUCUUGGGAACUAGUAUUCUAAGCGGUAUUCUGCCCUGCUAUAGAAGAACGCCGCAUGAGCCUUUCAAUGUUGGCAAAUUUCCUUUGACUAACUACGAAUUUUCGGGAAAGUUUCUAAAUAUUUUUCCUCUCAUUUUCAGAGAAUUUUGUUUGCAAUUUGAUCAAAAAAGUCAGAGUUUUCAAGGAAAAGUAUUCAUAAUUUGUUUCAAAAAUACGUUUUUUUCCGGGAAAAUCAGGCAACCCUUGAUUGUUUAAACGACCUUCCUCCUUAGCACGGCAGUGUUACUAUACUGGUUUUGUAUCCUAUCCUCUUAUCUCCUCGAUUUCAUUUACCUUUAUAAGGAAGGUAUCAUUUAUACUGCCGCUACAAAUAGCAUUCAAUACAAAAACUUGUUGAACUGAAGAGGAUAUUGGGGCACAGGGACCAUUUUCACAAUUUACGCUUAGCUAUAACUAAACAUUCCGUAAUUGUUGUGAACAACAUGAUUCCAAACUGUAAUGUUUUCUUAUUCUCUCAUUUUUAGCUUUAAGUUAGUUUACAGUUUUAAAUUAUUUAACAUUUGACGUGUUUUAACUUUGCAAAUUUUAAAUGAAUAAAGAAUAAAAUGAAAGUAUUUAUUUUUAUCUUGUGACACUUCAUUAUUGUUUAUGUAUAGUUGUAUAUACAGUUUUAAGGUUCUCAUGUCUUAUUAUAAUUUUCUGACUAUAAUUUUAGGUUAUUAAUUAUUAUUUUCUUUUUUUUCAAGUUAUCUGUAAAAAUAGGGCAACAGUUUUUUCUUAUUAUUUAUUAAUUAAUUAAUUUAUUCAUUCAAUUUUAAUUUUUUCUUUAAGAACCAUUUGCCUAGGACUAAAACUGUAUUAUUUUCUUAAAUUUUAGUUAGAUAUCUAGUUUCUUUUAUUAUAUAGAGAAGUGUAAUUAAAUUCAUUUAGAAAGAAAUACUCGGCCUUACCAGAUUUAGCCUUUUAUUUUUCGAGUUCCUUUUUAAUUUUUUUUUCAAUUCAAAUUAAGCACAGCUCCUUUGCCUAGUACCUAAAUAAUUUUUACCAAAUCAAAUAUAAUGAUUACCUUAGAGCGCACAACCUAAUGCUGUAAUAUUGUAAUUUGGUUUCAUUCCGUCACUCAUCCAGCACACAAGCAGUGAUGUCUAAAAUUACCUAUCCCGGUUUAAAACUUGUCGAUACAUUCACCUUACUCAACUAGGUACUUGUUUUUCGCAAGUACGCCGUACAGCUCACUCGGUCCGAAAAACCUCAAGAACUUUGCCGUUUUUGAUAAGUUUCAUUUAUUCAGGAAUCUCACAUUUUGUUCAUGUGUGUAAUAUAAUUCUGUAUUAAUGUACAUAGUAUGUAAUAUUUACCGAGUCGUAAAAAUUGAUAAGUGUCUAGGACUUUCAGUUGGACAUCGUCAAGGAAACAGACUUAUUCUGCAUGCAGCGUUUAGAGAGAAUACAUUCUCACCGAAGGAAACUCUUGUUCAGUUGGACAUCAGUUUGUAAUAAGGAACUAUCAUGAAUUUCUGGCUCAUUCAUAAAAACACUUAUCUAAAUACUGAAACUAACAAUUCAUUUAUUUUUUUCUGUAAUUGGUCAAGAAAAGUAGUUCUUUAUUGCUAAAUGCGGUCCACUCAUCCUUUCUCUUCCCCUUUUUUUUCAAGAAGCCAGCGCAGAUACGUCUUGUUUGCUUGACGUUGUCUGAUUGCCCACCUCCUGAGCGCUGAGGGAACAGUUUCAAGAUGAAAUUGUACAUACUGUUAAUGUAUCACCUGAUCCACUGCUGUUUUAGUCUGAGAAAAUCAGGUUCUAUGUAUUGCACUUUUCCUGUGUGUGUGUAUGUGUGGUUAUUUAUUUCCAAUUUUCAUUUUCAGUAUCUGCUAAUUAACUUAGUCCCUCCCCCCCUCAUUUUAAAUUUAAGUGCUCCCUUGUUUAUUUUACAUUGUAAAUAUGUAUCAGUGUACGUAAUGUAUUUAAUUGUUCGUUUCAAAGGGCUCACCAUGUUCCUGUCUCAAAAUCUAAGAUACUGAUCCCCAAACAUUGCCAGAAUCUCAGUAUUAUUCCCUCGACUGCGCUUUCCCAGCCUGCAACUUUCACUGUGCAUUCUAAUGCUUCCUCUAAAUAUUUGGCGUUCAUAAUUGAAGAUAUUGGACCUCUUUUAAUUUUAUACAUAUUGAUAUUGACGCCUAUUCAUCACCUGCACUGCGUAGGAACAUAUCAGCAUUGAACUAUCUGUGAUGUCCGCACCAUUUUAUAUGUUUGUGGGAUGGUCAUUACCCAAUACUUUUCCGUAAAUCUGAAAAAAAAAUUCCAUAAGCUCUGCGCUAUACUGUGGUGCCAUGAAUAAACGCUGUGUGAGCCUUUCAGCAUUGCCAUAUUCCCCUUGAUGAAAAAUGAAUUUCCUGAGAAACUUUUGAAUGUUUUUCUUACAAUUUGUCAAACAACUUUGUUCAUAAUUUUAUCUGAAAUAUCUGAAAAUUUCAAGGAAAAAUACAUUAAACUUUCCUCAAAAAUUAAUAUUUUGUGAUAGGAAAUUUGGUAACAUUAAAAUGCUCAUACCGCGUUCCUCUUCAGCUUGGCAGUACAAAUAUAAAGUUUUUCGGAAAUUUUGUGCUUUCGCAGUGUUGUUAUGAUCCUCCUCUGUGCUGGGGAUGAAUGACUAAGUGUGGCUGAUUUCAACUAUGAGAAUUGAAAGAUUUUUCCCAAAGGAACAUCGGUUCUUCUCUUUCUCAGCUUGUUACCUCUGGCUUAGACUAUAAAAACACCGAUUAUGGUUGAGGUCCAAAAUUCUUCGCUUAAUUUUCUCGUAAGAAUUACUGUUUAAUGCACUUUGAGCUUUGCUUGAUGUUACUCCAAGAAAUAUGCCUCAUAUGUAUAGCUUCCAACCUUACAUGUUACUUAAGUCAAUAGUUAUGAACUAACUGCAGCUAGUGUAUAUUAUCGAACCCCUCUUGACCUUAGAGAGGUGAAAUAAUUAAGGAAGACCUUUGCCCUUUCAGUCUAGUAGCGUAGAGUCACCUAUUCAGAAAGCCUCAACGAUCCUUCCCUCUUUUUUCAAUAUCUUUUCACGGAUGACGUUUUCCAAACUUAUUUCUCAGUGUUGGGUACUUAAAUUAUUUACAUCAAGCAGAAGUGUAUUCAAAAUUAGUUUUGAGCUUGCGUGUUAUUUGUGACCAGUGUGGUGUCUGAAAAAAAAGUUUUUGCAGGUAAAAUUUUGACUUAUGGCCCUAUUUCAAAAAUAACUCGAUUGUCUCAAAACCAACAAAAAUUGAUUUUCCUUAAAAAUUUGAACCUACAUAGAAGCUGAGAUAAUGCUUCAUUUUUUCUCAUCAGUUAGGCAGUUGCUGUUAUUUGUCUUGUUUACUAAAGUGAAUUUAAUUGUGAUUAUCUCCACAGCAAAACUGUCAAUCUUCGCUAAGACAUUACACUAAAACAAGGAGCACGCAUUCAAAAUUUGUUGAAAAACUUAAAGGUCAUCUUAAAUGGUAGCAUUUAGUGGUCCAAUUUUCAUUAUAUUUUCUGGUCUUAAUUUCCGGGUCACCAUUUCUACUAAGUCUGUUUCCAGGUUAGGGAGGUUGAUAGACAGAAAAUCAAGGAAUCAUAUUUACGGUUACCUUAUCCAAUCAUGUAGUAAAACUUUUGUCGCGCAUUUUAUGCAUUAAACUUUCAGAAUGUUGCCCUUAUCAUAGUCGCUAUCACAACCUAGUGUUCAUUUUCCUGCAAAUGGAAUAUUUUAAUGAAAAAUUGAUGCUGAACUCAGGUUAAUAUUUCUGAUCUAUUUAUUUUUUUAAAAUCCUUUUAAUCGUCAUAACGUGACAUUUUUUAAUGCACCUUUGCAUAAUUUAAUUUUUUAUAUCUUCAUUUUAUUCCGAUCACGUUUGCAUAAUCAUUUUACCCUCCUGCACCAAGAAAUUUUUUCAAAUAUUAAGGCUCCUUGAUCAUGUACCUCUCCUUUUACUUGUUCCAAUAAUUAAUCAUUGACUUUUUUCCUCUAUUUUUUAAGCUAUUUCAUUUUCUUUUGUUCAGUUCAAUAUUUAUUCUAUAUAUUUUCUUGUCGUAGCCCUCCCCGUAGACUCGUUUAUUGAACAAACUACCACAUUUUUACGAGCCGUUUUGCUCCUUUGUAUCUUAGCAGGGUCAGAUUCGCCUUUGACAGCAAAGAAGUUAGUUUAGUUUUGCAUUUUAAAAAUGUUCUUUUUAGAUUUUAGUUUGUGUAAAAAGAAAUCUAAAGUAUUAUUUCAUUUUAAGGUUUAGUCAUUACAAUUUUACGUUUUAUGUUGACGGAUAAUUAUUAAUUGUAAUAGUCGAAGGAUUAUAAUUAAUAAUUGAUCUCAUUAUGGUUAGGCAAAGCGCUACAGUGAUGCUAGGAUCGGCGUAAACUAAAAUUCAUCAUUUGCUCACUCAGAAUUUUCCUGGAAAGGAAUUCAACUAAGAUACCAUGCCCUUUUUUUUAAAAUCACUUCUCACAGGUUAGAUAAAAUUUAGCCAAAACCCUACUACUAAAUUGAAAACCUGGUACCUCCUGAAACUCCUUGCUUACAAUUCUUUACAUCCAAAUUGAUUCCUCAAAGAUAAAAUCUGAUAUUUUUGGCUUCCAAUUGAAGAAUUGGAUUUUUUUUCUUCUACGAUUCACGCCGACAGAAUAAUAAGUUGUUACAGCCUGUACUAAAGCAUUGAGGAAUGACCAGAACUCAUUAAUUAAACUGCAGCUCGUUGAAGUCUCAUAGUAUUAUCCAUUGCACAUUCAUUAUAUUUUGAAAUCUUUUUUCUUCAAUGCUAAAUUCCGCCAACUAUCCGAAAAUAGUGCUGUCGACCGCAAUUUGACCUUGUAUUUUAUAGUACAAACUUACCUCUGAUAAAAUGGCUUGUUUAUUUACAUUAAGUUUACAAAUGGCGGUAUAUGACACGCACACCCAUGCAUGUUAGUAAAAUUCAGUUUUGUGAUGCGUUUCUACGUUCAAUGUAGAAAAGGCACUCUCUUCAGGUGAAACUGACGCAACUGCAUUCUGUAUCAACUAAUUUUUUUCUUUUUAAAAAAUAAAAAAAAAAAAAAAUUUCGACUUUUUGCUCUUAUCCCAAGGCAUUUCUUUUCAAAAGUGUGAAAUUUUUGUUGGAAAUUUCUGUAAAAAAUCAUGCUCAUAGCUUAAAAACCAAGAUUUUCAACAUUUUAAAGUGUUGCGCUGUCUUUAUCUUAUUUGAAUUUAGAAAUGCAGUUGUUUAUUCUGAUGUCUAUGCUUGUUAAAAUAUGCUUUCGUUCCCACGUCUUUGCAGAGGGUAAUCAGUUCACUCACCAGAAACUUGAAUGCUUAUAACUUGUCUGAAUAAUGAUACUUCUCUUUGAACAGCCCCGCGUAAACGGCACAUGUCAAUGUCCCAGUUUCUAUUUAAACGCUAGCAAAAUAACAUGAGUCACUCUCAUUUUUAAAUUUGUAGAAUUUAUAGUUGACCGUUCAUGAAUACCUCUGAAAAGCGAGCUAAAUUUGGUUUGAUUUUCCCUGAAAAUUCUACAACCUAUAUUACUCCUGGAUGUAUUAUCAUGUUAGCGAAACUUUUUAUUCACAUUAACGUUUGUAAAUUGGUGUAUGAUUGUUAGCAUAAGGUCAACCUGUUCUGUAAUUUUGGUUUUUUUUUAAAAAAAAAUAAAGAAAAAAACAAUAUGUAUUUGUUCAACAUAGAAACCAAUUUAAACAAUUUGACUAAGGGACUUAUGGUUUUCAAACCAUCAGCUCAUAAAAUGUAUUUUAAUCCAAGCGGUGUUUCAUAAAAGAAAAAGAUGAAUAAACCUACAAAUUUUUUAAUUUUUCUAUUUUUUCUGCUGGUUAGAAACAAACCUUUUUGUGUCCUUAAAUUCACUGCAUUCUCUGGUUGAAAAAGACUGAAGUUUGUACAAAAAGAGGAUGUCAGUUUAGCAUGAAUAGAUAAAUAUUGCAUUAGUGUUGCCUGUUGUUUUUAUUAUAGCUAGCUAUUGUCGUUUCUGAAACUAAAUUAAUCGUUAAGUGUAUUUAGUCGUAAAAAAAUAACGUUUGCUCUUCACUUCGUCAGCUUCAGUCGGCUUUUGUGUAACUUGAAUGAACUUUGGUUCGGUAAUCGUAUCACUUAUUUCCCUCUUUCGGCAUCUAUUUGAUUCAAAUCGUCGUCUAAAAACAAACUCUUUUGCAAUACCGUCUGAGUGUACGAUGGAAUAUCAGUUCAUUUGCAUUUUCUAUCUUAAUUAUUUUAUCUCUUUAAGUUUUGUAAUAAUGUUCUUAUACUCUUAUUUAUUUUUGAAUAAAAUUGUUUUCUUCACGGAA